CCGCCAGUGACGUCACAAGUAAACAGCUGAUUGCAAAUGUCGCUUGCGACCCUAGGAGAUAAUACUUAAUGAGACUGAAUUAUGAAUCACUCUGCGGCCGUUGUAGUGUACUGCCGCGCUCUUAGGGACACUUAAUUAUGGUUGAACGUUGUGCACAAUCCUCAUGGGAAAAAAACCCUGCAUUGAUGCAUCGGAAGUGAAAGUUGAUGCUCUGGGCAUCUGAUAACUCUUUCACUUCCCAAACCAGUCAUCGUAGUGUUGAGCAUCACCCUAAUGGAAGUCUGCGGAAUCUGAGGCCUUCAUCGCUAGGGAGCUGUACACAUUAACUCUCAUAUCAAGCUGCAUAUUGUGGAGCACUUGUGAGCACCUCUCGUUAGGACAAUGGGGGAGCAACGGGUUGCGAAGUGGUACUUUGGAGGCUUGGCCUCUUGCGGAGCAGCGUGUUGCACUCAUCCACUUGAUCUCCUCAAGGUUCACCUGCAAACUCAGCAGGUGUCUACAAUGGGUGGAGGUCAGAUGGCUGUCCAUAUUGUAAGGAGUCAGGGUUUACUGGCUUUGUAUAAUGGUCUCUCAGCAUCUCUGCUGAGGCAGAUCACUUACUCAACGACACGAUUUGGUAUAUAUGAGGUGGCGAAACAGCAGCUCGGAGACACGUCAGGUGGACCUUUGCCAUUCCACAAGAGGGUGUUACUCGCUGGCUUUGCUGGAGCGUGUGGUGGGUUCAUUGGGACUCCUGGUGAUAUGGUCAAUGUUAGGAUGCAGAACGAUAUUAAGCUGCCAGCUAACGAGAGAAGGAAUUACAAACAUGCCUUAGAUGGUCUCAUACGUGUCACGAAGGAGGAGGGAAUCAGUAGGCUAUUUCGUGGAGCAUCUACAGCAACCUUCAGGGCAGUUCUCAUGACGAUUGGCCAGCUGUCUUUCUAUGACCAGAUUAAGUCUAUCCUCCUGGGCACACCUUACUUCAAUGAUAAUCUCACCUGUCAUUUCACCAGUUCGUUAGCAGCGGGUGCUAUUGCAACCACAAUGACGCAGCCUGUUGAUGUGAUAAAGACGAGGGCUAUGAAUGCUAGUCCUGGAGAGUUUAGGAAUCUAUGGCAUAUCAUCACUUACACUGCUAGAUUAGGUCCACUUGGGUUCUUUAAGGGUUACAUACCAGCUUUCGUACGGUUGGGACCGCACACAAUCCUGACCUUUAUUCUGUUUGAACAAUUAAGGAAAAACUUCGGAGUGUUGAAAUAGUGUAGCUGAUUAGCCUGUUAGUAGUACUAUAUAUAAAAAGAAUAGUGUAUCAAAAAACUUCUAGUAGUUGUGUUUAGCUUUGAUAAAAUAGAUUAACAAAGAAUUGUUGGUGGACUUGCAAGUCUAAGUGGAUGGACUUCACAGAAUCGAAGGAGGUAUAUUUUUCUAAGUCUUGCUUAAAUUUAUAUGCAGUACAGCAUUAAAGUAUUCAUUCGUACGGAAACAAUUAAACUACUUAUCCUUGCUCUUUUCAUGCAAUGAUGCAUAGCUUGCUAUAGUCGCUCUGGAGCAAAUCUACUAGAAUGUAGAAGUCGAUGAAUAAUUGAUACAAGCAAAAAAAAUUUAUUUUUAAAGGUAAGCAUUCCAGUAAAGUAGUUGUGAUUGACAGUAAGUAUUGUAUAAAAUUGAGUCUUCAAAUAUCUUCUAUCUUUUUAUGACAAAUAUCAUUCCUAGCAUUUGCUGGCAUUUAACAGACUUGAAGCUUUAUUGUCAUAAAAGGAGUUAUUCCUUUUAAACACUUGUGCUGUGCCUACAUAUCAAGUUAUCAAGUAUGUUAACUGUUGGGAAUAUGAACAUUUGCAGCCAUUAAUAUUGUAAUGCCUGAUAAAUAGUUUACAAAUCUGAGGGGCCAGCUGUGUGAGAGAGAGAGGAAUUUUAGAUCGUGGGCUGAUUUAAGCUUUGAUAACGAAGCAAACGUGAGUUAGGGUAUCUGUUGAGUGAGAUGGCUUGAUAGGUUUUCAAGAGAACCGAUAACUAGCACAUUCGAAUUGCCAUGUUAGUAGAUAAUAAAAUAGUAUUGUGGUUCUGUGCAUGAAAUGUUGAAUGUUGCUGUAGGAAAUGUAUUUCAUUAGCACAUUUGGUGUGGAUAAAUCACCUGAUAUAGUGGUUAUUAUAAUGGUGAACACCUGAUAUAGUGGUUAUUAUAAUGGUGAAGUGUUUAGAAGUAGACAUUGGUAGGGGCAGCAAAAUGGCUAAUAAGUGGAAAUUUAAGACUGCCAUUAAUAGUUCAGGAUGAGAAGA